AUGGGAAAGUUAAGGCACGCUAGUGCAACGGUCAAUCGGAGGGAUGCGAUGCACACAUUCUCCGUCAUAGCCUUCUUUAACCCCAAUCCCUGUCCGCAUCCUUUGCCUUUCGACAUCCAGGCGACCACAGACAAAGCAACUACCUUGGACGGACUCAGAGGUCUACGAUUCAGAUUAUUUUCUGCAUGGAGGAUUCGCAAUAAUACCGAGUACUUGAUCAUCAUGACUGAUACUUAUAUCAAGCCAGAGAUCAAACCUGAUCCUGACGCUCUCGGCGCAUCACCAGCCGCCCUCGAUGAAGAGGAUAUCUAUGAAGACGCGGGCGACCUUGAAUUCAACAACGACCCCAAUUACCAAAGCCUAUAUCUUGCGCGAGUACCAAAAUAUGUUUGGGAGGCUUGGUCGAAGCUCGACGACGAUGCAGAGAUUCAAAUUGGCAUGAUUCGAAUGACGAAUACCAUCGACCCGAAGACGAAGACAGAAAAGACCCAGCUCGCUAUGCUUCUUUCUUCGGAUAUUGCCCAGCAUCAGAUGGUCCCAAAAGAAUACGAUUUGGAUAUCACGGACGAACGUGUUAGGAAUACCUUUGUCUUUACCGAAAAAGAUCUCCCUGGCUUCAAAUCCAAGUCGAAGGAAAAGUUCGAUCCUGCGAGUGCAAACAUGCCAGCUAGUCUGAAGCAACGAUUGAAUAGCCAAAAAGCACCUCAACAGCCAAGAGCACCUUAUGACCCAAACCGACCGAGACAGCCAUAUUAUAAAAAGGCUAUACCAAAACGUACUACACUUCAAGGAAAGGUUCGUCACGAAGUCAAUUGCGUUGCAGUCAUGAACCAAGAGUCCGAACGAUUACUUGCGCAACGUACAUUCGAGGCAAUGCAACCAAAGCUCGGGACGAAAUACUUUGGAAAGGGCCAGGAUCUUGUCGAUUUGGGUGGCAGCUACGUCCAACCAGGAAGUAUUGCUGCGCAAGAUAAAUGGGGUAGCUUUAUUAAAAAAGGCGGUGCAGCACAAGGUGGCAAGAAACCGCAAAUGCAAAAGACAGCUCGUAUGCCUCAAAACGAGCUUCUGGACCGCAUUUUCGAGUGUUUCAGGGAAUUCAAUUACUGGUCUAUGAAAGCUUUCCGCGGACGUCUCCAGCAACCAGAGGUAUACCUCCGGGAAACAUUAGAUCGUAUAGCCACUCUCCACAAGAGCGGACCUUUCGCUUCACACUAUUCUCUCAAGCCAGAGAACAGACUCAACAACUACGGCGAGUUGGGCGAGGCCGCGGCGCCUGAUGUUGGUGACGGAGCUGAGGAUUCCGAAUUCGGCGGUGAUGACGAGGAUGAGGAUGUGAAGUUUGAGGACGCCAUGUGA